AUGCGCAUCCUUUGUCUUCAUGGCUAUGGCACAAACCCCGGUAUUAUGAAACAUCAGUUGUCGACCUUACGAAAACUGUGCGAUCCAAGCUGGGAGUUUCAUUUUCUCGCUGCGAGGAUCCAAUGCCCACCUGCACCAGGUGUACAAGGCUUUCCAGGUCCAUAUCUCUGUUACUCCACGGACUUCGACCCUGUCAGCAUGAGAGCCGCCCAUGCUUUAGUGCACGAAGAACUCGAGACCAAAGGCCCCUUUGAUGGUGUUAUUGGGUACAGCGCAAGUGCAUCCAUCUUGGCUGCUUAUUUAUUAGAGCAUAGCGCCGCACAUCCAGGGAAGCCACUUCCUAUUCGAUUCGCUGUUUUCUGCUCUGCGGUGCCGAUUAUCUCGACCGAUCCCGCCUACUAUCAGGCUAUCUAUGGUUCACUCUCUGAUGAGGAAGAGCAGAUUAUUCGCGCUGGUCAAUAUGAUCAACUGGUGAAUCUUCGAGAGCCCAUACGAACUGCAGCCAAGACUGUGGCACAUGUGAUCGAUAUACUGGAGCCACUGCUGCGUAGAUCUCGCCUGCAUUAUUUGGAUCGACAACCAUUGGAGAUCCCGUGUCCCUUGCAUCCUGAUCUGUACAAGACACGCUUGAACAUCCCGACCCUUCACCUUCGAGGAAAAAAAGAGCCGCCCGCAUUGAAAGAAUGCUCACUGGUGUUGGAAUCAUUCUGUGAUUCUUCUUUGCGGCGAACGUUCGAGCAUAGUACCGUUCAUGGGAUUCCCACUUCCCCUCGGGAAGUCAAGGAUAUGCUCGCCGCUAUGGAAGAGGUGGCUGGCUCGGAUCGCCGGGUAGCCAGAUUAUAA